AUUCCUUUGAACUUCUCUGUAUCAUGUUCAAAUAAAUAAAUAAAUAAAUAAAUGUACAGUAAGUGCACUACCAUGGGAACGAUAAGAGAGUCAUAGCAUUCACAGUGUCAUGGUGCGCAGUAGGGAGUGGUUGAGUCAACACUAACUGCUUAAGCUAACUGUUAGUAACUGUAUAGAGCGUGCCUGGAAGUAUUGUGUUCAGCUGCGUCAAACACGGCCGUGUGAGUGUUUGAACAAGCUAGUGGUGCUUUGCGGAGGCUGGAGGAUAAGUAGGGGAUCAUGACGAUGUUGCUAUGUUUGGCGUGGGUGCUGACGAUGACUGUGAGAAGCGAGGCCCAGAUCUCCAACUCCCCAGGGUCUGUGAAUCCCCCGAGGGGCGAGCGAGGAGCUCUUGAAGGCGGAAGAACCGAAAGUUUUGCUUCAGGGUCUUUGGUGGGUGACCAGUAUGCUGGAGACGCCGGCAGUAGACGUUCAGAUGGCGUCCCUCUGGUUCAUCAUCCUGCAGAGGGCGCCGUGGGUAGCGUCCUGGAGAGUCUGUUUGACCUUGGACUGAGGAGUCUUGAGAAGCAGAAGGCUAAAGAACAGGAAGAAGAAGCACUGGUUGAAGACAUUGUGAAGUUAGGGUUUGACAGUUCGAUCUCGAUGUCCUCAGGCCUUGGUGGCUCUACCUCGAUGUCCUCAGGCCUUAGUGGCUCUACCUCGACGUCAGUUGAGCCGUCAGGCUAUGUCGAUGGCCAGAAACCGUCACCUUUGCUUCGCUUCUUGAAAGGCCUUAGAGAAAACGCUUGGCAACAACUCAAAUCAAUGGCUCUCAGCUACAUAACACUACUAAGUCGAGAAUACGAGAGGCAGGACCUGCAGGAGAAGCUGCCUCUUGAUCUGAUCAAGAAUAUGGUCAACUUCGGAGACGGAGUGAACUUCCUCCACAUCCUUAGCAAGAGAGUGGACCCGGGGCUGACCGAGCAUGUAAUCCAUCAACUGAAACCAAUGCUGGUGAACCUCAGUGCCAGUACGGGUCUUCAGGAAGGAGGAACUUCUUUCUUCAAGAGGCUUGUAAGGACCAUAGCACUGAAGAGCAUUCGCGAGUUCACUACCCAUGUGUUGGGCGUUACCAGACGGUACUUCACAGAGGAGGACCUCAAGGACUACAAGGACUACCUUGCUUUAAGCUUUCCUGCGGCCAAGGCAGGACUGGACCUAAUACUCAACAUGCCACUUAAGUCUCAAGUAAGCUCCGGAGGUAGGUUUUUAGUAGGCACGCAACUCUAUGGCACAAACAGUGGCUACAAUGCCAAUAGGGCAGGGCAUGGUGGCUAUGACAGUGGUGUAGGUUAUGGCGCCCAAAAUCCCUAUGGAACCAGCUAUAACUAUGGUGUUUACAUGGACCCAUACCUGGUCUUGGGCAGCCUCGGGGCAGCGGCUCUGUUGUCUCUCUUGGUCUUCAAGGUUAUGGCUUCCAUCAGUACCACCAAAGCUCGCAGCCUUCCUGAGAACUUCGACACUGACAUGAUAGACACCUUCAGCACCCUCUACACCGUUCUUGACAACGCAGACGAUAAAUACAGGCAUAGAAGGUCGUCUCCCACCACCAUGGACGACUCUGACGACCUGAUCCACGGGAUCAACUCCCUCUGGAGGGAACACCAAAAUGACUUCGGCUGUGUCAGGUGUUCACUCUUCAGGUCGAUUGUAGCACCCGGGUUCACAAGACACAAUGUAGGAAAGGACCUGGCUUUAGUUGGUGUUGCACACAUGCUGGGCACUGAGAGGUCAGGUCAACUGGUAGAUGAGGUCGCUGGCCUCGUUAUGGAGGGCAAACCUGUCACCUGUGAACGGGAGAUCAACACCUGUGUUCUUAAGUGACCUCCAAGAAAACACCUGCGUCUCCAAGGGGACCUCCAAGACAGCACCAGCAUCUUCAAGGACCCUUCAAGGCAACACCACAGGGUCUUUCAAGCUCCCCUACGAGAGAAGCUAGCGUCUUAUAGGAACUUUUAAGAAUUCAGCGUAAGACUAAUGCUGCAAGUUCAGUGCAACCCAGCAUUUUAACACUAAUAUUCUUGGUCACACCCGCAGGUCUCACACCUCUAGGUCUAGGCACCAAGCAGUGACCCAGAGUACCUCGUGAGUCACCUGUCACAUCACCAAGUGCUCCACGUAUCACUUCACCAAGUGCACCCACCUAAGGCUGUCACCACUUUCAUUAUUAAAUCAAAACAUCAUUUAAAUAUAGGCCAUUUGCAGCAAUAAAGUCUUUUCACACAGACGAGGCUACACACUUGUCUAGACACUCUCAGGAGCACAUUAUGGAGACAAUGAACACUUGGUACCAAAGAACAAAAGGCACAAUACCGUGACUGGAACGAUACACAAAUAACCCGCACAUAGAAGAGAGGAGCUUACCACGAAGUUUGGGUUCGACUUGGACCAUUUACAAGUCGUCUUGUAAAUGAUCCAAGUCGGACCCAAACGUCAUGAUAAGCUUCUCUGUCCUAUGUGAGGGAUAUUUGUGUAUUGGUACUCAACUUUUACACCGUAUAUUGUACUCUCUGCUGUCAUUGAUAUCACAUUUACUCGAAAUGAAAUACUUAGUAAAGUAAGAAAAGAGGGCAUUAAAUACUGUACCAAAAAAAAAAAAUUAAAUA